CGUUUAUCGAUAGUAUUUCAUAUUGAUUUUGAGUAACCUUUUAAAAGCUGUUUACAUGGCAUAACAUAUAUAUUAUAUCGCUGACUAAUAUCUUUCUCAGUGUUUGACAUGUUCGACUUUUCGAUACGUGUAAUAUCAUGAAUAGAUUUACAUAUCUUUGACAUUCAUUUCAAUUCAAGUUAGACGUAGUUAGACGUUAGACGCGAAGUUAGACGUAUUAUUCUUCCAAAAUUGUUCAGCGUUAUAAAUUCUUGUAUUUUAAUUAAUACACGAUUUCAAUAUAUAGGUCAAAAUUCUAUUUAAAUUACAAUAAGAUGGCAUUCCAAAAAUUUUUGUUAAAUGGCGCAUUAGUGUUAAUUGUUACAAUAACUUUUCCUACUGCUGACAAUACGAAAUAUGUCACUGCAGUUAAUGAUAAUAUGCAGGAUUAUGUGAUACCAUUGGAUUAUAAUGUAGAAAUACAAUAUUUGUUGGAAGACAAUAUCUUACUCGGUUUAUGCAGUAUUAUAAUAAACAUUAGCAGUCCCACGCAAUCUAUGAUGCUGCACUCCGUGCCUAUUAUAGUAAUUGACGCGCUCUUAAUUGACGCUAACAAUGAAUAUACGUAUAAACUAAAGGACCACGAAAAUAUCAAGGGUAAAAACAUUGUUGCUCUUAAUUUCUAUCAACAUUUAUAUCGUGCUACGCAUAACGCACUUUAUGCUCCUGCUAACUAUACUUUAAACAUGACAUAUAUGCGUAAUAUACAUGAAAACAAAGAUAGUUUCUUCAGAUAUGCAUAUUUAACGGAAGAAGUAGAAAAUCAAAAGUUAAUUGAAACAGAUGUUGUGAUAUUGAAGGCCCGACAACUCUUUCCGUGCAGAAACGACCUAGCUAUCAAAUCCACAUUUAAAAUUGCUGUCCAACACCAUAAAAAGUUUACAGUUUUAUCAAAUAUGCCUAUACAAGCAAAAUAUAAAGAUGACAGCACUAUGAUAUGGACUGACUUUGAAAAAUCAUUUUUAAUGUCUGCCCAACACAUAGCGGUUGUGAUAACUACGUUUACUAAUCGUACAAUUGCUCAGAAUACAAAUGUUACCAUAUGGUGCAGACCAAGGGCUUGGCAACGUGUUGAUUACGCAAAAAAGAUUAUGGAACAGAUUGUGUCCUAUUUUAUACUAAAAUACCCAAUGGGAUUAUCAAAAUUGGAUGUUGUUGUAUUGUGGCAUUCACAAGAUGAUAACGUUGCGACAUAUGGACUUCUUUUCCCAAAAAAAGUGGAUAUUAUUGAUGAGACACUUGAUCAUCUAUUUCGUAGAAGGGAAAUUGUACACAUGAUAGCGCGACAAUUGGCAUUUCUUUGGUCUUAUGAUGUAUUACUUUGGUCAAAAGAAGGUUUUGCUUCAUUUUUCGGAGCGUACAUCUUGAAUGAGAUAUUCAAAGAUUAUUACAUGAUGGAUUUAAUGGUCAUACAAACACAACUAGAUUCUUUUCAUUACGAUACUCCUUCUACCACAGUUUCUGAAGCUAACUCAUUAGUGCUUCCAUUAAACAAUAUGAAAUCAUUCAUAAUAUGGCGAAUGUUAUACCAUCUAAUUCCAGAUGUGUUUUGGAGUGGUAUCCAUCAAUAUAUCGAUAAACACACCACAACACCAGAUGAUUUAUGGACCACUAUGGAAACUAUUCACAAAGCUAAACUCCCAAGUCAUGAACCCCACCUAUUUUUAAAAAAUAUAAUAAAAAGUUGGAUAACGAAGAAGUAUUAUUCUGUUCUGAACAUGACACGAAAUGAUGAAAAUUCGAGUAUAGCGAUAGAUUUCAUUCUAUCUCGCUAUCUAAAAGCUAAUGAGAAAACAAAAAACUGGAUACCUGUAACAUAUACGACGCAAUUGUCUGUUAACUAUGACAUUAGUGAUAGAUUGUUCUGGCUGACCUCGCAUAGUUUGAGGCGCGUAAUUCCAGUGAUUGACAAAAACGAUUUUGUUUUACUCAAUAUAAAACAAACUGGAUACUAUCGUGUCAAUUACGAUGAGAGAACCUGGUACAAUCUUAUCCACUUCUUAAAUUCUGAAAACUAUACGAAAAUACAUGUUCUCAACCGCGCUCAAUUAAUCGAUGAUGCGUUUUAUCUCUUGUUACAAAAACAAUUCAAUUACAAAACGUUUUGGGAAUUUACGAAAUCCGUGUUACGUGAUAUGAAUUUCGUAACAUGGUAUCCUAUGUUUAAAGUUUUCGAAUCCAUAUCGUGUAGAUUUCCACUUGAUUAUGGUAUGGACGCAAAGUUACAAAUGAGAACCAUGAUGUUGCCACUUCUUGAAAAAAUAGGAUACUUACACAAUCAGAGUGACAAUCUACUUAUUGAUACUGUAUAUUUAAGAGAAGAAGCUGUGAAAUGGGCAUGUAUGCUUAACGUUAUUGACUGCCGAAAAGAAGCUGCUAAGAUUCUAAGUCGAGACCUUGACAAUGAUAAACAUAGCGGUUAACUGAUUACGUAACGCAUCAUUAUGCAAAACAAAUAGUUGAAGUUGUUAAAAGAAAAAUAAAGAAACGAGAUUGGGAAUACCGUAGACUAUGCCAAAACUUCAACAGCAUACUAACAUAAGUGAAAAUGAAAGUGAAUUAUUUGAAGCAAUACAAGACGACAAAUUCACUUGUUGCUCACAU